GGAUUCCUCGGAUCCCCUCCUCCAGGCUCGGUCGGAGCCGUUGAGCGGCCUCGUCGACUACCGCGGCCGUCCGAUCUACCGCGCCUCCUCCGGCGGGUGGCCCGCCGCCCUCUUCGUCAUGGGGUUGGAGAUAGCGGAGAGGUUUGCGUACUACGGGGUGGCGUCGAACCUGAUAACGUACCUGACGGGGCCGAUGGGGGAGACGAACGCCGCGGCGGCGGCGGCGGCGAACGCGUGGUCGGGGGCGGCGUCGAUGCUGCCGCUGCUCGGCGCCAUCCUCGCCGACUCCUGCCUCGGCCGAUACCGCACCAUCGCCCUCGCCGCUCUCCUCUACGUCCUGGGCUAUGGCAUGCUGACUCUCUCAUCGACGGUCCCGUCUAUCCGCCCUCCGGAUUGCACGAACUCUGCGAAUCCCUCGGCGUGCCAUCCGUCGCCUUUCCAAGUCGCAUUCUUCUACUUCUCCCUCUACCUACUCGCCUUUGCUCAAGGCGGCGACAAGCCGUGCGGCCUCGCAUUCGGAGCCGACCAGUUCGACCAAAAUGACCCUAAGGAGUGCGUCUCGCGGAGCUCCUUCUUCAAUUGGUGGUACUUCGCCAUGUCCAUGGGCAUCACCAUCGCGGUUAUCGUACUAAGUUAUGUUCAAGAUAACGUCGGUUGGGGCCUCGGCUUUGGAGUCCCCGGUAUCAUUAUGUUCUUGGCUCUUGUUAUCUUCUUGCUCGGGACGAAGACGUAUCGAUGUUAUAUAGUGGAGAAGGAGAGCCCCUUCGCUCGAAUCGGCAAGAUGUUUUUGUCAUUGGCGAGGAGUUGGAAAGCGAGCCUUCUUCGGCCGAGAGAAGACAUCGAAAGACAACAGACCAAAUCUUCGACAUCGGAAGACGAAUGUGAACAAAAACGGAUAGACGAAGCCAAAGGAGUGCUCCAAUUGUUCCCGAUAUGGGCGACUAGCUUAGUUUAUGCCGUCGUCUUCGCCCAAUUGACCACCUUCUUCACCAAGCAAGGCAGGACUCUAGAUAGAGCCAUUACUUCAAGCCUGCAAGUACCGCCCGCGGCUCUCCAAAGCUUCGGAACUCUCUCCAUCAUCGCCUUCGUCCCGCUCUAUGAUCGAAUCCUCGUACCCUCAGCAAGGAAGUUCUCAAAGGUGCAUUCGGGCAUCACCAUGCUUCAAAGAAUCGGCGCGGGGAUGGUCGUGUCCUUGCUCUCGAUGGUGGUAGCAGCUCUCGUCGAAACGAAGAGGCUCAAUACCGCUAGGGACUCCGGCUUAAUCGACGAGCCAAAUGCCACUGUUCCAAUGAGCUUUUGGUGGUUGGUUCCUCAAUACGUGCUUAUCGGUAUCGCCGACGUGUUCACCAUAAUAGGGUUGCAGGAGUUCUUCUAUGAUCAGGUUCCCGAUGGUUUACGAAGCCUCGGUCUCGCUCUGUGCUUGAGUAUAUUGGGCGUCGGGAACUUCAUCAGUAGUUUCCUUAUUUCCGCGAUCGAUAAGAUGACGAGGAAGAACGGAGAUAGCUGGUUCUCGAAUAACUUGAACCGUGCACAUCUCGACUACUUCUAUUGGCUUCUCGCGGUGCUCAGUGCUUUGGAAUUGUGCUUGUUCUUAUACUAUGCGCGGAGUUAUAACUACAAGAAGAAGAUUGCAGUUUUGUGAUCAAAUCAAACACUAUGUUGGCGCCAGAUUUUAUUAAUCAAUGGCCAUUCUCAAAAAAGAAAGAAAAAAAGAAAAAAGUAAGUUGUUGUAAAAUUAUAAUCGUUAUUCAUAUUUGUACACUAUGUUGACGCCAGAUUUUAUUAAUAAAUGGCCAUUCUCAAAAAAGAAAGAAAAAAAGAAAAAAGUAAGUUGUUGUAAAAUUAUAAUCUUUAUUCAUAUUUGUACACUA